CUUGACACCGGUCCGGUAAGCUUCAUGUGUUUAACAAUAACAAUCUUUUCGGAGAAGGAAGAAGGCGCUUGAAGAACGAAUAUAAUUGUUCAAAAAUUUUUUAGUGUUGAUUGAAAUGAUAAAGUAAAAUGUUCUCACUUCGAUCGCAAUAUUUUGGGAAACUCCGCGGUUUGAACAACAAUCGAACGUUAUGUUUUAACCCAACACCUAAUUGUAGUUUGGCCGAGAAACGCCGUGUCGUGAUUACUGGUUUGGGAAUCGUCUCUCCCGUAGGAUGUUCCGUAGAAAAAGCAUGGACUACUAUUUUAUCAGGAAAAUCAGUCGUUAGCAAACUAACAGAUGAAGCUUAUGAGAAAUUACCCUGUCGGGUGGCAGCUCAAAUACAUGAUGAUAUGAUAGACAUAAAUGCUCAUUUCACCAAAAGUGAAAUAAAAACAAUGGCUCGGGCAACGGCUUUUACACUGAUAGCAGUGAAGGAAGCAUUGGAGAUGGCAAAGUGGAUACCACCACUGCUUGAUGCUAGCUCUCUCGAGCAUACUGGAGUUGCAAUUGGAAUGGGUAUGGUAGAUCUUAUGGACAUAUGCGAUACUAACGAGGCAUUGAAGAAAGGGUACAAUCGGGUGAGUCCAUUUUUCGUGCCACGUAUUUUACCUAACAUGCCAGCUGGUCAAGUUAGCAUAAAGUAUGGAUUUCGAGGACCGAAUCAUUGCGUUUCAACAGCUUGUGCAACAGGAGCUCAUUCCUUAGGUGACGCAUUCCGUUUUAUAAAACAUGGAGAUGCAGAGGUGAUGGUUUGUGGAGGUGCUGAAGCUUCAAUAAGUCCUCUAGGUAUAGCCGGUUUUUGUAGAUUGCGAGCUCUGAGCACCUCUUUUAAUGAUGAACCCGAGAAAUCCUCUCGUCCAUUUGACGAAUCACGAGACGGGUUUGUUAUGGGUGAAGGGUCUGCUAUUUUUGUUUUGGAGGAACUGAGUCAUGCUAAGGCAAGAAAUGUUCGUAUAUUAGGAGAAAUACUAGGAUAUGGUCUUUCAGGGGAUGCUUCACAUUUAACUUCACCUAGAGAAGAUGGAACUGGUGCUCUUCUGGCAAUGAAUAGAGCAUUAAAAGAUGCUAAAUUAAACCCUGCAGAUAUUGGCUAUGUUAAUGCUCAUGCGACUUCUACUCCGAUAGGAGAUGCUAUAGAAGCACGCUCGAUAAGAUGCCUUUUCACGGACUGUUGGCGGGAAAUUGCCGUUUCUUCAACCAAAGGCGCACAUGGACAUUUGCUCGGAGCAGCGGGAAACGUGGAAUCACUUUUUACUAUACUAGCUUGCCUGGAGGGGAAAAUUCCACCUACAGUCAAUUUAGAAAAGUUACCUGAAGAUAUGCGAGGUAUGAACUUGAUUGCCAACCAGUUUCAAAACUGGCGUCCUAGUGAAGGGAAAAAAAGAAUCGCAUUGAAAAAUUCGUUCGGGUUUGGAGGAACAAAUGCAUGUCUUUGUUUAGGUGAAUACAGAGAAUAAGCUUUUCGAUAAAAAUAUUGAUGCUGAUUUU